AUGGGAGAUAAAGGUGAUGGACUAAGGUCUUGCUGUUCAACCUUUGGAAAGGCCCUUAAAUACGAAUUUAAAUGGCGACAUCUCGGAUUCGGUGGAGCUUACUAUGAACACUUCCCAUUUGCUCAAUGGAUGUGGAUGGAUAAGUUCUUCUAUCCAAUUUAUCGAUUCAUCAUUGCCGUCGCUUUGAUAAUUUGGGUUUGUGUGGAGGUUCCACUGAGAUUUGCGCAAUACACAGAUGACUACAUGAAGAAAAAAUACUUCCUUUAUGCCACAAAUUGGUCGUUUCUCAUAUUCACUCUAAGCUGCAUUGUCUUCGCAAUACUGUGCACGUUUUACAAAUGCAAGAAAGGUAAAGUUAUUUGCUUUAGAAUAAAUAAUCUCCCUGCUGAGGUCGGUGCUGAAACACUCAGUUCCGCCCAUUUUAUGAACUUCGGUAUAGUUUACUGCACCUUCUCCUAUAUCUACUAUAUUACUUGCAAUGAGAAGCCAAUCUACUCGACGCUUGAUUGGAGUAGACCAAAGAAAGCGUUAAUUGUCAGCUUGACGAUGAUCGUUUCCGCUCUCGUGAUGCAAAUCCUUCUCUACAUUCUCUAUCUUUGUCGCAUUGCACUGAGCUCACGCAUGAAUGAACGCGGUAAAGUCGUUGUGGAUAUGUGGAGGGAAGCGGAUUCCUAA